UUUUCAACGUAGAGUGGUGUCAAGGUUGGUAGUUCAGUUUAAGCUAAUUUCACAGUUUCAUCCAGCCAAAUAAACCGCUGUUAUUGUAUGGACGAUAUAAAGUUCUGCUAAUGAUACAGACGUCAGUCUUGACGGACAAUUUCACCCGGAAGAACAGCAUCUUGGAAAGCCAUGGAGUUUCUCCCAGUGCUUGAACCUCUGGAUAAACCCAAAGAAGGAAUAUGGUACUCUUUGAUACCCAGGGGAAGUGCUCCGGGUGUCAGUGUGGGUCAUACCUGCAUGUUUAUUCCAUCUGAAGACGAAAGAAAAGGGAGAAUCGUUAUUGUUGGUGGAGCCAAUCCGAGUGGAAGUUUCUCUGAGUCUCAUGCCAUAGAUUUAGAUAAUCAUGAGUGGGACAUCCCAGAGUGGGAGGGUUUGGACUCACGGUAUGAACACUGCAGCUUUGUGCCAGAGAGCUGUCCCCAAAGCCUGUGGGUGUUUGGAGGGGCACAGCAGAGCGGCAAUCGCAAUUGCAUCCAGAAUUUGCAGCUAACAGACGGUGGGUCUCGCUGGAAGAAUGUAGUGGUGAAUGGCAAACCCCCCAGUCCCAGGACAUACCACACUAACUCAGCCUGCCUGGGUGACAGACUGUAUGUCUUCUCUGGUGGAGAAGCAGGAGCUGCACCUGUCUCAGACCCCAAACUUCAUGUCUUUGACACAGCAUCUUCCACUUGGUCCCAGCCAGAAACACAAGGCAGACACCCGCCAGCCAGACAUGGCCACGUUAUCAUAGCAGUGGGAUUAAAGAUCUACAUUCAUGGAGGCAUGGCUGGGGACAAAUUCCACAACGAUAUGUAUUCUCUUGACACAAGGAGCAUGAAGUGGGAAAAAGUGCAGAUCAAAGGAGACAUUCCACCUGGAGUAGCAGCCCACUCAGCUGUUGCGCAGGACAAGAAUAUCUACAUUUUUGGGGGGAUGACUGCAGAUGGAGCCAGCAAUUCCAUGUAUAGAUUCAACACAGACAAAUGUAGAUGGAUCCUCAUGAAGUUUGAAGGGGACAUGCCACCCAACCGCCUAGACCACUCCAUGUGUUUAUUGCCAUGGAAGGUGUGUGUUGAGGGUAAUAGAGGUGAAGAGCAAGCUAGCAGCCCAGCAGCCUCAGAGACAAUAACUCUGGCCUUUGUGUUUGGAGGGAUGGACACACAGGGUGUCAUUUAUAAUGACUGUAUUGUCACUGUGGUGAACUGAUGUGCCAUAUUGUUGUAUAUUUUCAUUAACCAAAUUUGUAAUAAAUUUUUUUUUUAAAGUGC